AUGCUUCAGAAGGUGCGUAAACAGUUUCUGGUCCAGGCUCGGUUUACCUGGCGGUCGUUAUUCGAUGACCAGUUCCUGCUGGUCACCAACACGCUGACUGGAGGAUCCUUGCUGGCGAUGGGAGACUUUGUGCAGCAGAGCUGGGAGAUCCACCAGGAGCCAGACAAAGUCCGAGACUGGAAGAGGAUAGGCUACACGUUUGUGAUUGGCUGCUCCACUGGUCCACUGCUGCACCACUGGUACGGCCGGCUGGACAGCGCGUACGUUGGAAGAGCUAUGAACACGUUGGUCAAGAAGGUUCUGGCGGACCAGCUGAUCGCCUCACCGAUAAUCGGGAUGUGGUAUUUUUUAGGUAUGGGUCUCAUGGAGGGACACACUUUAUCUGAAGGAUGGAGGGACUUCAAAGGGAAGUUCUGGGAAUAUUAUAAGGCGGACUGUUGUGUUUGGCCCCCCGUUCAGAUGUUCAACUUCUACUAUGUCUCGCCCAAAUACCGCCUCAUGUACAUCAACAUUAUCAGUUUAGGAUGGGAUGUCUUCCUGUCCUACCUCAAACACAGAGAUGACAGCCACCCAUUGUGA